AGCUGACCCACCAUGAACCCCCUGUGUCCCCGUCAGCGCAACACAAACACACAUACACACGCACAAACACCCUCGGCAAUGCCCUCGUUCAUAUUAGUACUAAAUUAGCUAUGUGCAGUUUGCUGAGGGUAGUGGCUAUAGCUCAACAGUAAGCGGCCAACAAAAGAUGACGGAUUACAAAGAACUCGUGAAGGAGGCUGCGACCCUCCUCGACGCAUUCAAGCCGAACGAACAGUGCCUGGAGACUUUCAUCGCGGACAACUCAAAGUCUUUUGAGAAAAAGGUGGGCUCUGAAGAUGCGCGUUUUCUUCUCGACAUAAUAUCUGGCUGCAUUGAACAGAAGAAGGUGCUGGAUGUUGUUAUCAAUACGUUCUAUGAUCAACACGGGAAGCUUGUACUGAAAGCGGAUUAUAAUCGAUUCUCCAUUGUCUGCUACCUCGCUGUGUUCCUGCUGGAGCAUAUUGGCUUCCCGCGCUUCAGCAAGAUCAUCACAUCUCAAGACGUCAAGAUCCACAAGUUCCUUCGCUUCCUGUUCAGCGUCUCCAACCUGAUUGGCUGGAUCCAGAGCGAAUGGAGUCGCAUCUACGACGCUGUGUACGUGGAGCACACGUGGAUCAGCCCCCUGCUCAGGUGGCGUCCGCGUGUGGAGGAGCUGUUGGAUCAGCUGACUCGCAGGAGAGCCAAUGGGAGCCUGCCAAAGAAGGCCCCGCCCACCCGCACACAGCCAAUAGAGUUUGACCUGACCAAGCCCAAACCACGCCCACUUCCUGUUCCUGAGCCAAUCCCAGCACAGCAGAAGCACCAGCCAGUGAAUCCCGGCAUCUUCAAGUCUCCUAAAGAGCAGCAAGUUCUUGAGGAGCUGAGAGAGAAGAACAGACUGAAAGCCCAGAGAGGUCUGUAUGAGGCCAACAUGCAGCAGUUCAAAUGCGCCAAACCACAGAAGUCGGAGAAAACUGAGAAGCUGAUAUCGGAGCUGAAGUCUGCUCAGGAUGCUGAACUGAAAUUUGAUGCUGUUUUCACCUCCGGAGCCCCCUCCACACAGAAGGUGAACAGUGUGCCCAUCAGGUUGAACACUACCAGUAUUCUGCGAGAGGGGGCGCUCUACAACAAACAGCUGGAGGGAGAACUGCUCAGGUUGGAGCGCGUGGCGGAGGGUUCGUCGGAUCCGAGUGUGUUGGAGCGACGUGUGUGUGAGCAGCGUGUGUGUGAGCAGCGUGAGCAGGAGGCUCUGCAGCAGCGGCGCCAUCUAGAGGCUCAGAUCAGCCAUCAGCAGGCCGCACUGGCACGCACACGCCUCACACACACACACCAGGAGCAGGCACAGAGGAAGAAGGAGGAGACUGCUGAGUUGAUGCGUGCCUACGCUGCGCGGCGUCUAGAAGAGGAGAAGGGCAUGAAGGAGCUGGUGCAGCAGGUGGCCGAGGGGCAUCAGAACGCCAAAGCAGCUCGAGACAAACUACAGCGCUUCAAACACAAAAUCGUGCGUGAGGAGUGUGUGGAGCGGCGUGAGAUGCUAGCGCGGGCAUUCGAGGAGGCUCAGGAGGAACUGGCCAAGAAGAUGGAGCUGAUUGGUCAGAUUCGCGCUAUGGAGGCGUUGCCCCGCCCACAACACAAACUACUGGAUGACACUGAGACGGGGGGCCAUGCCCUGCUGUGUGAGAUGUCUCUGGCUGAGCUGCAUGAGCGCGUGUUUGUGCUGCGAGCAGCUCAGCAGCGCCAGCUAGAGGAGCGGAGGAGACGCAUCCAGCAGAACAAGCAGCAGAGACAGCACACACUCACACACACACUGCACAACAUUGCCACCUACAGGACCGCCAUGGAACAGGCCGCCGCACGCAGGCAGGAGGAGCGUGUGAGUGUGCCCUCGGUGCGAGAGCAGCUGGAGGGGGACGAGACUCUUCAGGCUCUGAGGAGAACACUGGAGGAGGCGCGACAGCAACGGCAGCAGCUCACACACACACAGACUCACACACACGCGCGCACACACAACACACACACGCACACACACACCCUGCAGCAGUGGGAGGAGAGGAAGAAGGGCCUGGAGGAGCAGCAGUGGGCGGAGCUGGAGAAGAAUUUACAACUGAGCGUCCAGCAGAGGGCACCACACACCAGCUGAUGAAGAAUACACACACACACACACACACAGACACACACACACACACACAUUAAUAAUGCAUGCAUUAAUUAAUUGACACACACAAACAUACGCACAUUGCAUUACACACACCCACACAGACUCAGACAGACACACAAACACACACACACACACACACACAGACCAAUACACACGCAUUGCUUUGCAUUUAGAGUUUUUUUCUGAUAUUUGUAUGAAACGACUCUGUCUUCAUUAAAAAUGAAUAAAAAAGCAAGUAAUGUUCCGAAA